UUAGCUUCUGGGGGGGGGGGGGGACACAUGAACUCAGGCUUCCCUCGGGUGAAGUCUCACUCGGAGCGCUAGUGGAUUCCUGGAUAGUGCCCGUUCACUAGCUGCUGCAGCCCACAGAGCCGUCUGAGCAGCCAGCUGAGAGGAGAGUCCGCACACAGCUGCAGACAUGCAACAGUUCACCCUGAUCGCCGCUCUCCUUUGCCUGGUCUACGUCUCGUCUGGCAGCGCAAACGUCCGCAGCCAACCUGGUGUGUGUCGCUAUGGGAGGAGACUGGAGUGUUGCUACGGCUGGAAGAAGAAUGGUGAAGGACAGUGUGAAGCCCAGUGCACGCCGGGCUGCAAGCACGGGGAGUGCGUCGGCCCCAACAAAUGCAAGUGCUUCGCGGGAUACACCGGCAAGACCUGCCACCAAGACCUGAACGAGUGCGGCCUGAAGCCGCGGCCCUGUGAGCAUCGCUGCAUGAACACCUACGGCAGCUACAUGUGCUACUGCCUCAACGGCUACAUGCUGAAGCCCGACGGCUCAUGCACAAACUCCAGGACAUGCUCCCUGGCCCACUGUCAGUACGGCUGUGAGGAGGUCCAGGGGGAGAUCCGCUGCCUUUGUCCUUCCUCAGGCCUCCAGCUGGGGCCAGAUGAGAGGACCUGUGUGGAUAUUGAUGAAUGUGUCACUGGCAAGAACCUGUGUCCCUACAACCGACAAUGCAUCAACACCUUCGGCAGCUACUUGUGCAAGUGCCAAAAUGGCUACGACCUGAAAUUUGUGGCAGGCAAAUACGACUGCGUAGACCUUAAUGAGUGUGACGCGGGCGUCCGGAGGUGCAGUGACCACGCCGUGUGUCUGAACACCCAGGGAUCCUACAGGUGUAGGUGCAAGCCAGGCUUCAGAGGCAAUGGCUUUGAGUGCUCCGUCAAGCCCUUCUAUCAGAGUUCUUGGGACGGCGGUAGAGGAGGGGCAGACGAACUCCUCAACGCCGUCCCAGAAGCCCCGGUCAGGCCCGCAAUCCCGGACCCCGAGCGCAUCAAGAACCUCAUCCCGGAACCAGCGGCGACCGAGGCUCCCAGGGGCCGCCAGCAGCCCUUCGACUACGAGGGGGAGGUGUACAUCGGCCCAGAGGAGGAGCAGAGGGAGCUGCUGCCCGAGGAGGAGCAGGAUGAAGAGGAGGAGGAGGGAGGUGAGGAGAACAACCAACUCGGGCCAAGAGGAGAUGUUUUCGUUCCAGAGUUUGAAUCGCUCUACGGCCCUUCAACAGAGAUCCAAGAGAUCCCACUGAAGCCCGUGCAAGAAGAGUUCAUUCUGGACUGUAAUUUCGACCAGGGAGCUUGUGAAUGGGUGCAGGACAAGAGUGACGACACUGACUGGAGUGUAGCCUACCAUGAACGAGGCGACCAGUACUACAUGGCGAUGAGCGGCCUGCUGGGGAACGACCGGGACGUGUCGCGCCUCAAGCUGCUGCUCAGCGACCGCACCCAGCAGGGCAGCUUCUGCCUGACCUUCGACUUCCGCGUGGCGGGCGAGGACGUGGGCACGCUGCGGGUGCUGCUAGACGCCGACGGCUACGCCGUGUGGGAGCAGAGCUACAGCCGCGCCCAGGGCUGGCAGACGGAGCUGCUCACCGUGGCCUGGCAGGAGGAGGCGCCGGAGUCGAUCAUCUUUGAAGCUCAGCGCGGGAGUGGUGUGGGCGGGGAGAUCGGGCUGGACAACGUGGUCCUGACCUCGGGCUCCUGUCAGGUGGACGAAGACGAGGCUCUCUUCUAAGACACCCCUCUAGCACGGAGGUCUCCGUUAGGAAACCUCAACGAUUCUUUGUUCUCCGUGGGCCUCUCUCUGGUGGAGCUCCUCCAGCCAGGGAGAGCCUCAGUGUGGCUGGCUCCUCGUAGGUCACCCACGCCAGAGAGGAAGGCUCAUGGUCCUCUAAAGUCUAAAGGGAAGAUAUAUUGGUGCAUGCAGGCUAGUGGUCAACAGCACACCACGCUGCUACACUGCCGUUAUCUUGAUGAUGAUGGAGCGACGAAGUGUACUGUACUCUUAGUAUUCACACAGAACAUAUCUCAGGUUUAGAUGGAGAGAACCGUCACUUUCAUGGUCACUGACCAAAAUACAAUCAUUUGUGUGUGGUUCGCUACCUUAGUGUAUAAUGAUGGUGGAAAUUAUCCAAAAACCAAAUAUUUUUUUUUUUGUUCAUUUUUUGUUAUCGUCGAAAAGAUUGUGCAUCGUGUUUGAAGGUUCAGAUGCUAGGAACCUCGGAGUUUGACCGCUGUAAAUUAUGCUUUCGUAUUAUGACAAUUAAAUGUUUUUUUCUAUA